CGCCGCCGGCUUCGAGGGCGCGGCCAUGCGCCGCCUCAACAACAACGCGUGGAGGAGCGGGGCCGGCGCCGCCGCGAACGGCGACGCGGACGACGCGGCGAGCCUCGCCGGCGCCGGCAUCGAGGUCCCGAAGCGCAAGAGCAGCCUCAAGCGCACGCCCAGCCUGACGAAGGGAUUCUUGUGAGCGGGACGAGGGAAGGAAAGGAAUUGGUUCAGGGGUAUAUGAGGAUAAGGGGGAAAGGAGGAUGAUGGCAUGGGGGGGC